CAUGUCAGCCAUCCUCCACUCCCCCACGCCCACCGAAACCGCUUGGGGAGCACUCCGCGAUGGAGAGCCGCUUUGCGGCGGUGAACUCGGACGGUGGCACCGCUGCACAUGAAACCUCAGGCCCUUCCAUCUAUGGCCCCGCUGCCUCCUCCCACAGCCAGCUGGACAUCGUCUUCAGCGGCAUUAGCUUUAGUAGCCUGGCGAAAACGACGAGAAAGCCGCCAGAUCCCAAAGACUUGGGGCCCGGUGGCAUUUACCACGAGAAGCAGGUGGCGAUGCUCUGCGCGGUACACACCAUCAACAAUGUCCUCCAAGAAAACCGGAUCGCCGAGGAGCAUCUCCGGAAGACGGCCAAGCAGUUGGACAAGGCGCAACUGCGGCUCACGGGCGGCCGUGCGGGCGACUACAUGAAUUGCCGCGAGGACGGCUUCUACAAUGCCCUCGUCGUGCAGGCCGUGUUCUCCGGACUGGGCUACGAGGUGGGUGCCAUCCGGAGCACUACGGUGAACGUCGACGACGAAAUGGCCUUCAUCGCCAACAAAGCACGGCACUGGUUCGCCUGCCGCAGGCUGGGCGAUGGGUGGUUCGACCUCAACAGUUGCCUUAGCAAGCCCGAGUACUACGAUCGACACGACAUGGAGGAGCACCUCAUCCGAGCGGAAGAGCAAGGCUAUCGGCUCUUUGCGAUUCGUGGAGACUGGCCCCUCACGCCCUUGGAGCAGGACCCUGCGGCUCUGAGCACCGCGGUGCGAGGAUGUUUGAGACCCUUGGGCUACCGCGCCAGUGGUCAAAUCCCUUGCACCCCGGGCUUGUUGGUCAUGGUGGACGGCAAAUCCAAAGGCCAAAAGGAGUACCGCGUGCCGCGGUGGUUGGGCUUUGGCGCUCAUUGGUUCUCAGCGGCCCGCUUCCAGCAUCACCCGGUGGGCACCUCCAAUGACUGGCAGGAAGCGGAGCUAGCCAACAGAAAGAAGAAGGUGGUCACCAAGAAGAAGUCUGACCAGGGAGCGACCCUUGAAGAAGCAGAUGAUCUUGAGGAUCUUGAAAGCUCCAAGAAGGAGACAGGCAGUAUCAUGGAGAUUCUGGAAGACCACGUCGAAGAGACCUGGGCCGCGGAAGUGGAGGACACCGAGCUCGCCUUGGAGGAUGUCCCUGUCUAUCGGCCGAUCUUCGUGUUGGUCCAGAUGACCUUGACCAUCCUGUUUUGGCUGAUUGCCUCCCUUGUGGAGCCUUCGAAGGACGGUUGGAUCUUCACUGUUGCUGGCUUGGAAACCAUCAUCCCUGGCAAGACCCUGUGCCAGACCACGACGGACUGCAUGGAUGAACGCUUUCAAGCCUGGCGUUGGCUCACCUACCAGUACACUCACCUCAACAUGUCACACAUUGCCAUGAACUCCUUUUUGCUGCUUCUAGCUGGCAUUCCUUUGGAGCAAUUCCAGGGGCAUUGGCGGAUCAUUCUGCUCUACAACAUGGGAGUCUUCACAGGCGGGAUCUUGAACAUGGUUUGGAAUCCUCACAGCUCCUUAGCUGGCGCCUCUGCCGGGUGCUAUGCGCUACUCUUCGCGCACUGCGCAGAGCUAGGCAUGAACUGGAUGCAGAGCCGCUACCGGUGGGCCAAGCUGACCUUGAUCGUACUUGUGGUGGCCUUUGAUAUCGUCCAAUCUUCUGUCAUGUACGCCUACACCGCGAGCGAAGUGGCUGUGGUCAGCCACACCGCCCACAUGGGGGGUGCCUGUGCCGGGCUGUUCUUCGGUAUCCUCAUCACCCGGAACCUCGUGGUGACCCGAGCCGAGCGAAUCAGACAGGUGGUGGCGACGAUCAUUUAUCUGGGCAUUUUGGGAACUCAUUUUGCUCUCUUGGCCGAGUGGCCACCAAAGGCGUUCUACAACUCCAGUGACCCGGGCUGGUGUUGGGCACGCCAGAUCUUUAACCAGACCAUCUUGGAUGACCAGUUCCACUGCUUCCGCUGCCCGGACGAAGCCUGCAUCCGCAGCUGGGAAACCUCGCAGAGGUGGAUCCAACCGGUCGAUUGGAAGCUCUGUGAGUAUCAGAAAGGCUGGAAAGUCCUGUGAUAGCAGAGCCACGGUGUUGCGCAUGAAGAGAGUCUUAGAUUUCAGCUGCCAGUUGCAACGGUGCCAAGAUUUGCCUCAGACAUUCU